AUGAGCGACGCGAAAUCGACUCUCGCUUAUGUCAACGGGCUCAUACUCCUCACCAUCAAUGAAGCAGAAAAGGUCGUUCAAACCAAAUCUUCGUCAAGUGCAAAAAAUCAAGCCCUUUUUUGGGAAAAACUUGGAAUUUUUGUAUAUAGUUCUGGAAAGGGCCUUUCAGACACUUCUGUCGCUUCCCGCUCGUGGCGAUCGAGCCGAAGUGGAGACGGCGACGUCAAAACAGCGAAAGACUGACGUCAGCCGAACGACUGCCGACGUCGUCGUUCGCCGGAAAAACUCAGCGAUCCGCGAUAAAUUCGCCGACGAGAUAAAGCCUCUGAGUUUGUCGCCAAGGAAGGAGACGGCGACUCAGCAGUUGUCUACCAGAACCCGAAGAGGAGUUCGUUCCACCUCUGCAAAUACUUUCAUUCAAGAAAAUUUUCGAUACGACAUUAUCUCCAAUCAAAAUGACGGAUAGCCCUUUUCAGGUUCAACAAGAGUGCGCAGCGUCCCGUGCAGCCGGGGUGAAGGUCCUCGGAGAUAAAGUAUGCAUUUCGUCCUAGUCUUACUUUCACCUCUUUCUAAGUUUUCAGGUGAAAGUGACGCCGUUGGAAUCGUCGCUGGGCGUCGUGAUCGAGAUGACCGUCGAACUUCACGUGCCGUCGACCGGUGAACUCCGCGUCGUCGCCAUCGAAAUCGAGUGUCCCAAAUUUGUGCCGACGCGGAUCCGCGUCGACGGAAAGUGGAAAAACAUCGCCUGA